GAUUUAUUUAUUUAUUUUGAAAGUCCACAUUACUGAGAGAGAGAGAGAGGUAGAGAUUUUCUAUCUGCUAGUUCACUCUCUAGAUGGCCACAACAGCCAGGUGCUUCAUCCAAGUCCCCCGCGUGGAUGACCAGGCCUGGAUCGAAAGUGGAGCAAAUGGAACUCAAAUCACCGCCUGUGUAGAGGCAGCUUUACCCACUAUGCCACAACACUGGCCCCUGGACUUGUUUGAUUUCUAAAUGUUUACCUCAUUCUCCAGAUCACUGUGAUUGAGGCUUACUAGGAAUCUAAUCUCUGAAAUCUGUGUCAAGGCUGGCUGGCUCUGUGGUGAUGUUUUCAGUACUCUAAUGAAUGAAGGCAUAACUACCAAAAUAAAACAGCUUUGAAAUAAUCACAGGAGUUUGAACACCGGACUUGCCCAGUCUAACCCUGUCCAAGUAGUCUGAGAAUGAUUAAAAAAAAAAAAAAAAAAAGAUUUGUCCAAGAUCACUGUGAUUCUGAGUCAGGACUGGACUGGCAUCUGGGUCUCCUUGCUCUGAAGUCUAGGUAUCUUCAGCAUACUAUACCUCCUCCUUAUGGAUAAAUGUCACGUUUAGAUAAGCAGCCACAUUAGUCCUAAAACAUAAGAUGUUUAGAGCAAAGAAACAGUCUUGGAUUCUUGGAUUUUGAAACAAAAUUACAUGAAAGAUUAGCUGCCAACUUCCUCAAAAGACCAUCAGAACAACCUAGUGGUCAAAUAAAAGUAAGUUUUUUAAACUUAUUACCCAAAGGCAAGAUACUGUUUGACAAAGUCAGUUGUGUUUAAGAAAUCUCAAAUCUUUGUUGAGUCUGAGUUCAGGUGGUGAAAGUCUGUGUGGAACUCUGGUUGAGACUGGGCAAUGCUAUUAAUAUUAAUAAUAGUAAGAUUAACAGUAAUGGGGCAUGUGUUUCAUGGGUCCAAGACCAUAAAGAAAAGAAUUUUCUAAAAACCUAUCCAAACAAAUGAUGUUGUCAGAAUAAUAACCAAAAGUUAGAGUAUAUCAACUAUGCUAUAAAAAUAAAGAACUUUUAAAAUAGGUGGACUUUGAUAUUAUGUGUAGUUGACCAUAUGCUUCUAGAAAAGCCAAUGAACCCUGCUCUUUUCUACUUGUAAAGAUGAAAGAAAAAAAAAAGCAUGCUUCUUAAGCUCUUUUGGAUGCUGAAAAAUAAAAAAUUAGCAAAGCAGGGAACUUUAUGAAGAAUGGGAAUUUGACUUUUUCUAACAGCUUUUUAAAAUUUUUGAAAAUUUUAUUUGAAAGGUACCAAGAUAAACAGAGAUAGAAAUCUAUCUGCUGGUUCAUUCCCCAAAUGCCUGCAGGCUGGGCCAAGCCAAAGCCAAGAACCUCAAUCCACAUCUCCCACUUGGAUGACAAGAGCCCAAUCACUUCAGUUGUCAUCACUGCCUCCCUAGAUCCUCAUUAGCAGGAGGCUGGAGUCAGGAGCUGGAGCAGAGAAUCAAACCCAUGUACUCUUGUGUGAGUUCUGGUGUCUUAACUGGCAAAUUAACUUCUAGGCCAAACUCCUGCUCCAGAAUUUGCAGUUUCUAAACAGGAUCAGGCCCAAGCAAAUCAGAACUAGUUGGUUACCCUACCUGUUAAAUGAGAAUUGCCAGAAACAGGUCAGAGGGUCAUAAUAUGGGUGGCCUCAGUUUCCAAUCCAUAUAGUUAACUGUGGAUUCAGUAGUUUUAGUUCUCAGUAUUAAUUCAUUUUCUCUUUUGCCUCUCUUCCAGUGUCAGUUAACCCCUUUCUUUUAAAAACUUUUUUUUUUUUGAAAGUCAGAGCCAGAGCAAGCUCCCAUCUGCUAAUUCACUCCCUAUAUAUACAGAACAGCUGGGGAUCCAAAGCUGGGAGCCAGAAAUCUGAAUCCAGAUCUCCCACAUGGGUGGCAGGAACCUGACUACUUGAGUCACCACCGUUGCCUCCCAGGAUCUGCUUUAGCUGCAAGUUGGAAUCAGGAGCCGAGGCUGGCAGUCUAAUCCAGGCACGCAGAUAUGAUCUGAAGGAGGCCAGACACCUAUGCCUAAAUAUGGCACCUUUUGAUAGUUAUUUAAUGCUUUUAGCCAGUCAUUAAGAUAUAGGAGUCAAUUCAAAUGUCAUUCAUAGGGGCCAGCGCUAUGGCAUAGUGGAUGAAGCUGCCACCUGCAGUACUGGCAUCUCAUAUGGGUGCCAGUUCGAGUCCUGGCUGCUCUACUUCCGAUCCAGCUCCCUACUAAUGCACCUGUGAGAGACCUAGAGGAAGCUCCUGGCUCCUGGCUUCAGACUGGCCAAGCUCCAGCUGUUGCAGCCAUUUAGGGAGUGAACCAAUGGAUGGAAGAUACCUCUCUCUCUCUCUCUCUCUCUCUCUCUCUCAACAACCCUACCUUUCAAAUAAAUAAAUCUUUUUUUAAAAUGUGAUUCAUAAAGAAGUUAUAUUUAACUUGUGGCACACUUAGCACAGGGCUCUGUGGGAGUUCUGCUGAAAUUAAUUUCAUUGAUUAAUUAUAAAAUGAGUAUUGCCAGGUAGAUGCUAUGUAUUAAUUGAUAAGCAAUUUAAAAAAAAAAAAAUCAGUCAUUUUGGGGCUGGGGCUGUGGUGUAAUGGCUUAAAGCCCUGGCCCUGCAGCACUGGCAUCUCACAUGGGCACCAGUUUGAGAUCGGGCUGCUCCACUUCCAAUCCAGCUCUCUGCUAUGGCCUGGGAAAGCAGUAGAAGAUAGCCCAAGUCCUUGGAGACCUGGAAGAAGCUCCUGGCUCCUGGCUUCGGAUUAGCUCAGGUCUGGCUGUUGCAGUCAUCUGGGGAAUGAACCAGUGAAUGGAAGACCUCUCUCUGGCUCUACCUCUCUCUGUAACUCUGUCUUUCAAAUAAAUAAAAUAAAAAAAUCUUUUAAAUUAGUCAUUUGUAAUCAUUUGCAUGGUGUUUGUGAUUUGUAGAAUCUCUAAGGCUGUUAAAAUCAUAGGAACAAUGUGACUUAAAAACAGGCUUAGUAAUUUUUUUGAGAUUUAUUUAUUCAUUUGAAAGGCAGAGUUACACAGAGAGCAAAGGAGAGGUAGAGAGAGAGAGAGAGAUCUUCCAUCUUCUGGUUCACUCCCCAAAUGGCUGCAACCGCUGGGGCUGUGCCAAUCCAAAGCCAGGAGCCAGGAACAACUUCUGGGUCUCCCUUGCCGGUGCAGGGGCCCAAAGACUUGGGCCAUACUCCCCGGCUUUCCUAGGCCAUAGCAGAGACCUGGAUCAGGAGUGGAGUAGCCGGGACUCAAACUGGUGCCCAUAUGGGAUUCCGGCACUGCAGGUGCUGGCUUUACCCACUACACCACAGCGCCGGCCUCAAGCUUAGUAAUUUUGAUUGCUAACUUGUUAGAUGUAUUUUUUCUCUUAAGAUACCAUAUUUUCCAAUUUUAUUGCUAUGGCACCAAAACAUCAUAUUUAUACAUAGUAUGAAAAAUUAAGAAACUACCUCCAUUGCCAGUCUUAAAUAAUUAUGUGAGAAAAAAAAUCCAGGGACUGGUGCUGUGGCACAGCAGGUUAACGCCCUGGCCUGAAGCGCUAGCAUCGCAUAUGGUUGCCAGUUUGAGACCAGGCUGCUCCACUUCCGAUCCAGCUCUCUGCUAUGGCCUGGGAAAGCGAUAGAAGAUGGCCCAAGUCCUUGGGCCCCUGCACUUGUGUGGGAGACCCGGAAGAAGCUCCUGGCUCCUGGCUUCAGAUCAGCACAGCUUCGGCUGUUGUGGCCAAUUGGGGAGUGAACCAGCAGAUGGAAGACACUCUGUCUCUCUCCCCCCCCCCCCCCCUUCUCUCUUUCUCUCUCUUUCUUUCUCUUCCUCUCUUUCUGCCUCUCCUCUCUCUGUGUAACUCUUUCAAAUAAAUAAAUAAAUUUUUAAAAAUCCAUUAAAAGAAAAGUGUGAUAGGCUGAUUUAUGCUCCCCUGCCCUGCGAAGAUUCCCAAAUCCUAACUCUGGAGCCUGAGAAUAUUGGACUUUGCAGAUGUGAUGAAGUUUAGGAUUUCGAGUUGGGAAGAUUAUCCUGGAUUAUUCUGAUGAGACUGGUGUGACCCAGAGGUCCGUAGAGUGAGGCAGAGAUCAGAGGAAGAGAUGAUUGCUUGGAAACACAGAAGGGAAAGCUGGAGGCUUCAAGGCUGUGAGCCCAUUGGGAAGCUGGGAAAGGCAGGGAUACAGGUUGUCCCCUAAACACUCCAGAAGUAACCAGCCCUGUUAACAUCUUGAUUUUCGCACCAGGAGAUUCAUUUCUAGGCUUCUGACCUUGAGAAAUGCAAGAGAUUAAAUGUGUGUUGUGUUUCAGUCACAAAGUUUAUGGUAAUUUGUUACAGCUGCAAUAGGAAACUCAUACAGAAAAUACCAGGAAAAUGAAUGGCUGCAUCAUGCUCCCUUUGGUCAUUAUUUCAAGUUGCUUUUAUGAGCAAAGCUUAUUUUACCUAGCAACAGUUGCCAAGUAAGUUAACAAGUUAAUGCCAGAGUCUGAGAGGAAGCCACUGGGUAAAUCUUGCCCAAUCUAGUGCCUGUAUCUUCUAUGGCAGAGGUUUUCAGCAACACUCUUUAACAUAAGGCACAUAACCACGAGCUCAUCAUGGCAAAUCAUUCAAUCCUUACUGUCCUCUAGCAUUCUGCUAAAAACCCUGACCCUCUUCCAGCUUUAUCAUACUUCUAGCUUCUCUUAAAGCUACUUUUUCUGAUCUCAAAAUUAUUUUAACAGUAAAUAGCAGAAGUCAUCUGAAAUUUAGCUAUGAUCAGAAAUCCAAAUCACACACACUUUGUCUGCUGUGCUGUUUGUAAUAAACUAAUUCCACCAGCCCCUUUUGGAGAAACCUUCAAACGGAUCCACGAAUACAAGCCAUUUAAGACACGCUUUUACACUCACAGAGAUAUCCUGGAUAUUGGGGAAAGUAUUCUGAAUAAAGAAGAGCAAUCUCAAGAGGCUACUAUCAAAGAACGUAUUGCAAAAGCUGAAGAAGAUGUAUGGAAUCAGGCUAUUGAACUCCAGAAGCAAGCAGUAGAGAAAGCACUUGAAGAAGCAAAUGACAGACAUAAAUUUGAAAUUCGAAUUUUGGAAGAGAAACAUCAAAAAGAUUUACAGGAAAUGGCAGUUAAAACCAAGAGAGAGGUGUUUGUAAAUAUGGAUGAUGAAAUGAAGAGAGAACACAUGGCUGCGGAACAGCGCAUGGUGCACAGAAUCCAGAGGAUUAUGAUGGAGUGCCACCGGGAGAAGGUGGAGGCCGUGCAGAAAGCCAGGGAUGAAGAAAGGCAGAUCGCCCAGGAAGCAAUCCAGGCUCAGAGGAGCAAGGCCAUGGAGGAACUUGUGAAUAGUGGUGUGUCAGUUCUCAAUGAUCAGAAGACAAACAUGGCCCAAUUGAUUAAGGCAAAAGAACAUGAACUGAACAUCUUCUAUGGCCUGGCUCAUAGGCGGAAGCAAGAAGAGGCCCAGGAAGUGCUACAAGAAGCAGAGAAAACACAUCAGGCCGUGCUUGGCAAUGUCAUGGGUAAACUGGUUAACACCCAGGGGGAGCUGCUGUCCAUAGUGAAACAACUGGGAAUCAUGACAAACUGGAAGGAUUUUCUGGAGGAAGAAUUACAGGAAACCAGGGCAGCAUUUCAAAAAUACAUCAACUAUACUUUUCCUAAGCUUUCACCAGGACAGGCUGAUUUUAUAAUGCCAGAAAGAAAGAAAACACCUUCCAACCUUAUUAUUAAGGAGGAUGAAACAGUACUUAAUUAUAAGUCUUCAAAUUGAAAUUUCACCACGAAAAGACAUCAUUCCAAAGACUAAAUAAAUUUACUCAAAAGCCAUUUAUUGAUCCUCAGUCUUGUUCAGGGAACUAUUGGGCUGUAGGCAUUUUUAUGGAAAACCAAAAUCUUCAAAAGCAAGUAUUUCUUUAUAUCAAUCCAUUGGCUGACCUUCAGCCAGAAGGUAGAAAGCUUCACACCCCACAGGUUAGACUUAGCUUUACUCUUGAGUCUUGGACCACUGCUCCAGGUCACAGUCAGCACUAACUGAGGAGAGAAAAACUUGAGAGGAAUCAAACUAACUAAAAGGUUUCUUGGAGGAACACUCUCUGUGUCUGGCUUUAUUCAUUUUUAUAUCAGACACAUAACUUUUAGAAUGUGUUGCAGUUGAAAACAGAGGGACCUGUUCUUAGAUUGUUUUUCCAUUGUAUAGCGGUAUGCUAACUUCUAGUAGAGAGAUUAUUAUUAUUUGAUGAACUGCAGUAGCACUGUAGAAAAGAAGAAUUACCCGCAAAUUCAUUCAAAGAAAAUUUAAAUUCUGAGACUUCCAUAUCAAACAAUUCAGGAAGACUCAUUUUUUAAAAGUACUUAUUAUUUAUUAAUUUAUUUGAAAGGCAGUUAUAUAGAGAGAGGUAGAAAUGGAGAGAGAGAUUUUCCAUCUGCUGGUUCCUCCCACAAAUAGUCCCAAUGGCCUGGAGUGCCUCAGGCUGAAGUCAGGACCCAGGGGCUUCAUCUAGGUCUCCCAUGGGGGUGGUAGGGGCCCAAGCUCUUGGGCCAUCUUCCACUGGUUUCUCAGGCACAUUGGCAGAGAGUUGGAUGGAAAAUGGAGCAGCCAGGACUGGAGCUAGCAGCCAUAUGGGAAGUAGGCAGCAGUUUAACCCACUGUGCCACAGCGUGGGGCCCAUUUACAGUUUCCAGUUGUGGAGGAGAAACGUGUCUUUAGAGAUCAGGCCCCCUGCUCCUAGGGAUAGAGAGUCCCAGGAAUGCCUGGCGCUCAUGUCUGUGAGUCACAGUGCAGAAAGCCUUUAGGUGCAGCAAUGCUCAGGGCCACCACAGGUCAACAUUUACUAAACUGAAAUGCAAGACCAACCAAGUCAUAAAGCCUUCUCUAAACAUCUGUGCACUAUAAAAUGCCAUCUCUAAGUUAUUUAUCACCUACCUAUAUUGGUUGCCUAAAAGUUAAAAACCGGGAAAUCAGUUUUCAGUAAAUUCACAGUGCCAUUCUCAUGAAGGUUUUGGGGAGAUUUCUGUACACUGAUCAGCCUGAGAUUUCCUAAUGGCAAGAGCAGCCAUUUGCUUAUAAUCACAUAAUGGACUGUACGGUCCUCAGUGUUUUACUUCUGGGUACUGCAGGACUCUGUUCAUCCUAACUGAUUGUCUAAGGGCUGGAAGUAAUGACAUUUACUACCAGAUACUAACAUAUUUACAUUUAAAAACAUUAACAUUUCAUCCACACAAUGACUUUUUUUUUUUUUUUUUUUUUGACAGAGUGUAUAGUGAGAGAGAGACAGACAGAGAGAAAGGUCUUCCUUUUUUUGCCGUUGGUUCACCCUCCAAUGGCCGCUGUGGCUGGCGCACCGCGCUGAUCCGAAGCCAGGAGCCAGGCGCUUCUCCUGGUCUCCCAUGCGGGUGCAGGGCCCAAGCACUUGGGCCAUCCUCCACUGCACUC